AUGCUGAUUGAAAGGAAUGCUCUUCUUGGGUUCAAAGCAGGCCUCAAAGAUCCCACCAACAGGCUAUCUUCUUGGGUCGGUGACGACUGCUGCACAUGGGAAGGCGUGGCUUGUGACAACCCGACUGGCCAUGUUGUCAACCUAGACCUCCAAAACCCACACCAAUUCUCAGACACUGGCGAUCUGCUUCAAUACAACAAGUGGUCCUUGGGAGGUGAGUUGAGGCCUUCCUUACUUGGUCUGAAGCACCUGAAUUACCUUGACUUGAGCAUGAACAACUUUGGAGGACUUCGCAUCCCCGAAUUCGUGGGCUCAUUCCGUCAGCUCAAAUAUCUUAACCUCUCCAGAGCUGGUUUGGGUGGACUGAUCCCACCCCAGCUUGGGAAUCUAUCGAGCCUCCAAUAUCUUGAUCUCUACAAUAAACCCUACUUUACGUUUCCUGAUCAUGAAUUCAGCAUUGAUAAUGCCCUCUGGAUUUCUCAUCUUUCUUCUCUGCAAUAUCUCCAUAUGGGGAAUGUGAAAUUCAGAGAAGGUGCUCACUGGCUGCAAGCACUAAACAUGCUCCAUUCUAUUGUUGCGGUACGCUUACCCUUUUGUGGCAUCAACACCAUUCCGCUCUCUCUUCCACAUGUGAAUUUUACUUCACUUUAUGUUCUUGAUCUUUAUGGUAAUUUCAUUCAUUCGCCGAUGAUGCCUGGUUGGUUGUUCAACAUAAGUAGCCUUGAGCACCUUGAUCUCAGCUUCAAUGAUAUUCGGGGCAUCAUUCCUCCUGCAAUUAACAAUCUAGCUUCGCUCAAGUUUCUUGAUUUAUCCGUUAAUCCGUCUCUUGAAGGUAAAAUUCCAGCUGCACUUGGGGGUCUUUGCAAGAUGCAGCAUUUGGGAUUGUCGGCCAUUAAUAUCAGCAAAAAUUUGCAUGAACUUGAUGAAGUCUUUACGGGAUGCAUCAAAAACAGCUUAGAUAAUCUGUACAUGGGGGUCAACCAGCUUAGCGGUUAUUUGCCGGACUGGUUGGGGGACUUCAGAAUGCUCAAAUCUCUUUAUUUGAGUGGCAACUCAAUUUCAGGUUCUCUUCCUGCAUCAAUUGGAAGGCUUGCGGGACUUGCGGAGCUAGGCCUUAGCGGGAACUCUUUGGAGGGUGUCAUGUCUGAAGAACACUUUGCCAAUUUCACUAAAUUGAAUAUUUUAGAUUUGUCAGACAACCAGUUAAUUCUGAAUCUAUCGUCUGAUUGGAUCCCCCCUUUUCAGCUUCAGCGGUUAGCUAUUGGUUCUUGCAAGUUGGGACCACAAUUUCCAGCAUGGCUCCGGACGCAAGAAAACAUUUCCUAUCUAGAUUUGUCUAGCAAUGAAAUUUCAAGCACUCUGCCAGAUUGGUUUUGGAAGUCAUUUUCCCAGCAUAUAAGUUACUUGGAUAUCUCCAGCAAUGGAAUCGCUGGUAGUGUACCUGAUCUAACAAGCUUAAUCAACAUUUCUAUGUUGAAUUUAAGUUCUAACUACUUCGAGGGUCCUUUGCCAAAUUUUAAUUCUUCUAUAAUGAUGCUGGUAGACCUAUCAAACAAUUCAUUUUCAGGAGUGAUUCAUCCUAGUAUUGGCAAAAGUAUGCCUCAGUUGCAAUAUCUCUCCCUUUCCACAAAUAAUUUAAGCGGUAAAAUUCCCUUGUCUAUUUGUCAGCCCAACUUUCAGGUUCUUGAUCUUUCAAAAAAUCACUUGUUGGGUGAGCUCCCUGAUUGCUGGAACCACUCUUCCUCUAUCAUGGUCAUGGAUUUUUCAAGCAACAAUCUAUCUGGAAGCAUUCCUCCGUUAAUCUGUCCAUUUCCAUAUCUCAACUCGUUGCAUUUGAGUAACAAUAAUUUAUCAGGAAAACUCCCAUUAUCCUUAAGGAGUUGUGUGUUUUUAGGUACUCUUGAUCUUGGGCAGAAUGCAUUCAUUGGCACAAUACCUACUUGGAUAGGAGAAAGUUUGUGGUUCUUGAGUAUCCUUCGCUUAAGAUCAAACAAGCUUGUUGGAAAUAUUCCUCCUAAUUUAUCAAGACUAAGUUUUCUUCAAAUCCUGGAUCUUGCUAAUAACAAUUUAUCAGGAACCAUUCCUUCGAGCUUUGGGAACUUCACUACCAUGAAAGUGUUACAGGGGACUAACGAAGACAUUUCAAAUUAUCCUUAUUACAAUGAAAAUUUGCAAGUGACCAUGAAAGGAAGGGACAAUGAGUUUUCUAGAUUCCUUUUACUUGUGAUUGCUAUGGACCUUUCAGGCAAUAACUUGUCUGGUAAAAUACCAGAAGAACUGGCCAACCUUCUUGGACUAGUGAGCUUAAACUUGUCUGGAAAUUAUCUGGUAGGAGAGAUCACAGAAAAGAUCGGUGCAUUACGACAGUUGCAGUCACUUGACUUAUCAAGAAACAACCUUUACGGUGGAAUUCCUUCAAGCAUGAUUGCCCUAACUUUUUUGAGUUACUUGAACUUAUCAUAUAACAACUUGUCAGGAAGAAUUCCAUUAGGUAAUCAGCUUCAAACCUUCACUGACCCGUCUAUCUACGCUGGUAAUUCUGGUCUUUGCGGGUUCCCAUUAGCUCAAAAGUGCAAAGAUGACAAGACAAAUCAAGGUCCAAAUGCUGUUGGAGGGGAUGAACAAAAUGAUACUGCCAUGGAUGAAGAAGGAUCUGAAAUCGAGUGGUUGUAUAUGAGCAUGGGGCUAGGAUUCGCAGUCGGUUUAUGGGCCGUUUUUGGCCCAUUAUUAUUCAACAGAAAAUGGAGAGAAGCCUAUUUUCGACUUAUAGAUCAAGUUUAUGAUAUGGUUUACGUGGCCUUAGCAGUGACUUUCAAUAGGUUUAAAGAGCGCAAUGCUGCAACAUGA